UUUCUCUCCCCCAAUUCCUUGACGCACGAGACGAGCUGAGCGACGCGCCGCCAACAUGUUUGACUGCAUGGACGUGCUGGCCGUGAGUCCCGGGCAGAUGUUGGAUUUCUACUCGCCCAGCCCGUCCUCCUGCAUGCUGCAGGAGAAGGCUCUGAAAGCCUGCAUCAGCGGACUGGCGCACCGAGAGUGGCAGCACCGCCGGAGCGCACACUCAGCCAUUGAAACACAGAGCACCAGUUCUGAGGAGCUCGUCCCCAGCCCACCGUCCCCGCUGCCCCCUCCCAGAGUCUACAAGCCUUGCUUCGUCUGCCAGGACAAGUCCUCUGGAUACCACUAUGGAGUCAGCGCUUGUGAGGGCUGCAAGGGGUUUUUCCGCCGCAGCAUCCAGAAGAACAUGGUGUACACAUGUCACCGGGAGAAGAACUGCAUUAUCAACAAGGUGACGAGGAACCGCUGUCAGUACUGCCGCCUGCAGAAGUGCUUUGCAGUGGGAAUGUCCAAAGAGUCUGUUCGAAAUGACCGGAAUAAGAAGAAGAAAGAGAGCCCAAAGCCGGAGCUGGCAGAGAGCUACGAGCUGACAGCCGAGCUGGAGAGCAUCAUUGAAAAGAUUCGCAAGGCCCAUCAAGAAACCUUCCCCUCCCUCUGCCAGCUUGGCAAAUACACCACGAACUCGAGUGCAGACCACCGUGUGAGGCUGGACCUGGGCCUGUGGGACAAAUUCAGCGAGCUGGCCACCAAGUGCAUUAUCAAGAUCGUGGAAUUUGCCAAACGAGUGCCUGGCUUCACAGGGCUGACCAUCGCAGACCAGAUCACGCUCCUGAAAGCUGCCUGCCUGGACAUUUUGAUCCUGCGCAUCUGUACGAGGUACACCCCCGACAAGGACACCAUGACCUUCUCGGAUGGGCUGACCCUCAACCGGACGCAGAUGCACAACGCUGGCUUCGGCCCUCUCACUGACUUGGUGUUCACUUUUGCCAACCAGCUGCUGCCCAUCGAGAUGGACGACACGGAGACAGGCCUCCUCAGCGCCAUCUGUCUCAUCUCUGGAGAUCGUCAGGACCUGGAGGAGCCCUCCAAGGUGGACCAGCUCCAGGAGCCACUGCUGGAAGCUCUGAAGAUCUACGUGAGGAAGCGCCGUCCCAGCAAACCACACAUGUUCCCUAAAACCCUGAUGAAGAUCACAGACCUGCGCAGCAUCAGUGCUAAAGGAGCAGAACGCGUCAUCUCUCUGAAGAUGGAGAUCCCAGGUUCCAUGCCGCCACUAAUCCAGGAGAUGCUGGAAAACUCAGAGGGCCAAGACAGCCAGAGCAGCAGCAACAGCACUUCAGCCGAGGCCGGGGAAGGGGCCAGCCCCAGCAGCAAGGACAGCCCCAACGAAGACACCCCUGCCGAGGAGUCACCGGGUUCCCUGGACACAGAGGGGGCUACAGCCACACCUCCUAGCAAAGAGCCCUAGGAGAGUGCACCCAUGGGUGCCUCUGAGACUUACUCUGACAUUUCUUUGCACAAAAAAAAGAACAGCCGGCAAGGAGAAGACCUCAAACCUCCCCCUCCCGCCCAUGCCCAACCUUUCUGCCCUGACUCUCCAACGCUUGGUAUUAUGUUAUCUUUAUAUCCUUCUUCUCCCAUUCCUCUAAAACUCCCUCCUUAAAAAGAAAACGUCAACACGGAGGCCUCAAAGGA